AUGGGCAUACUAUGGUCUUCAGCGGCGAGCAUCGUCACCGGGAGACCGGUUCGAACUAUGAGGGAAUUCCGUUUGCCUGGAGGGCAGAGGGAAUCCUGCACGGGUGAACUUAUAGAGGAAAAUGUUUAUCAGAUGAACCUCAAGAGAGGGAAAACUGAAUUCGAAACGAGAUUCAGAGGGAACACUAGUCCCCUGGUGAAUAUUAAAGAUAACUUCUCUAUCGUGGGCUUCUUGUGCAGCGGGGCAUGGGGCAGCGUUUACAAGGUCACGAACCUGAACGACCGGACGAAAUGCGCCCUGAAGGUUAUGAAGAAAGAGUGUUUCAGGGGCGAUCGCACACCGCUCAAAAAGGUCGUGAUCAACGAAAAAAGAUUGCAGUGGGCUCUGGUGAACCAAUUCUGUGUCCCUCUGUUCAGUGCUUACCAAGAUUCAGAAAAUCUGUAUCUGGUGAUGGAGUUUGCAAAGUACGGGGAACUCGAGAGAUUUUGUCGCACACCGAACACGAUGAGUGAAAACACAAUCCGAAUUAUCGUUGGUCAGAUCAUCCUUGGACUUGAAUAUUUGCAUUUCUGCGGCGUCAUAUACCGCGAUUUGAAGCCCGAGAAUAUCCUCGUUUUCCGAGACGGCUAUCUGAAGCUCGGAGACUUCGGCUUGGCGAGACCUCUCAAAGGGCGAGCAACCACUUUCGCCGGGACGCCCGAAUUCAUGGCCCCAGAGAUGCAGGGACCUAGGAGUUCUUAUGGGCUCGAAGUGGAUUAUUGGGCGCUGGGAAUAGUCAUGUACCAGCUUUUUUACUUCGAUCAUCCAUUCUCAGAUGGUAGUAGAUCGCGUGAUCAACUUUUCCGGAACAUCAAGGAAAGGGCCCUGACCUUCCCCGGAGUUCGGGAGAACGAGGCCCUGAGGCCGAGGGACGAAUUUCUCAAGGGUUUGCUCGACAAAGACCCCAGGCGUCGCCUCGGGAUACAUGGCGGCGACCUUAAGAAACAUGAGUAUUUCGACGGCUUUUCUUUCUUCAAACUUCAGCGCAAACAGAUCAAGAUCAAAGUACUUAUGGGUCCGGUGCGAUGCGAACCAGUCGCGGGCCACGAGUUCCUCCCUGAACCUGGCAGGAGGCAAUCGAUGAAUUACUUCGACAGUUUCUGA